CGUUAUGGGCAAGGUACAUUGCCAACUUUGGAAAUUGGAUUUUGCUUGCUGUCAGGUGAGAGCAGUAGACCUAUCUUCAGUGUGAAUAUACCUCGUGACCAUGUGGUAUGUCAUAAUAAUAUCAUUGUGUAAACAGUGAUCCAGGUCAUCAGGAAAAUUAACGGUCUAUUUAGGACACCAUGUCACACCAAGUUACCUUUGAGUGAUGAGUUCACAGUCAGGAGACUGGUUGAAGUGACUUGUUUCUUCGUGGUGAAAAUUCUUAAGGUUUUUCAAAAUUAUAGUUCCUGAAAACUGACAGUACUUGCACUGCAUUUUCUGCCACAAUGGGCUUCAUGACAUCAAUCCAUGCCGUAGUCACAAAAGGAUUCAUUUACAUAUUUUGUGUACCUGGUUUUAAAGAAGUCUGAUGUCUUUAAUCAUUUGUAAUAAGGACAUUUUUUGUCAUCACACUGGACAGAAGCCUGCUAGUUGAAGGAUUGAUUUGUAGACCAGAUGGACAAUUGAAAUAAUGUCUUAUUGGAAGAAGACACAGGAAUCCAGUUUUAUCAGAGGCAAUAUAUAUAAUACCUCUAGGCCACAUUUUUAUCAGGCAUCUGGAGAUAUGGGACAGCGCGAGGAGGUAGCACAACAAGCAGGACGUCUCCUUUACCAUGGCUCAGCACCAUGCAAUUAUAACAGACCCAGCUCUUAUUCUAACGGUGGUACUGCACCAAUAUAUGGCUCCACAACAUUAUCAUCAUCAGUGGCCUACGAGACCAAUCCCUGUCCAUGUUGUAAACCUAUGUCCACAAGUCGGAGGGCGUUUUGUAUCAUGGUCACUUUUGAUGUCUUGUUGCUGUUUGUGCUGUGGAUUUUAUAUACUCAGCUGUCUACAUAUGCAGGGACUUUUUCAAAGCGUUUUAUGAAAGAAGUGGAGGGAUAUGAUUUUAAGCAGUCAUUAUUUGACAUUCCUUUGUUAUCGUUUUGGCGUUUUCUAGUCCUCAUCUUUUCAUAUGCUGCACUGAAUAUGAGAAACCCAUGGCUGGUGGCAUUAACAACAUUUGGCACCUGUGUAUUUCUGCUGAUAAAAGUGUUCAUGUUCAAUUUUGAUGAAGAUCUAGCCAGUGGACAGAACACACUAGACUACGUUCUUAUCAUAAUUUCCUUUGUGGUGGCCUGGGUAGAAUGCUGGUUUCUGGACUUCAGGGUUUUACCUGAGGAAAAGCGAGCUGAGAUUGAAGCGAGAGGUGCUGUACUAGAUGAGAGAACGUCUCUCCUGGGUCGUGGCGACCACAGAAGUAUAGGUGGCACUGAAACUAAUGACCAGUACUAUUCUCCAUAUCAUACCCCCCAUGAUUCAGAUGAUGAAGAAGGCAGUAAAAGGUACCAUUCAAUACCACCUUCAUCGGUCAACAGCAGAGCUUCAAGUAGAAAUUCAAACCAGCUUUCGUUAGGAUCACAGGAACAAGAGUACCAGAGAUUAGCUGGAGGCCUUUUUGCCACGGCGAUGCAGUUAUACGAGAAUGAGGAAGGAUGGAAGCUGGAUAAUGGAGAUGAGAAGGACCUUUCCUCGGGUUGUGUCUACAGUAAACAACUUCCCGAAUUGGGAGGAAAAUUUUUCAAGCUCAAAGGUGUAGUUAAUACCACUCCACAGAAAGGUUUUGAAGAAAUAUAUUUUAACACAGAAGAUUCACCUGCGUGGAAUCCAACAGUUUUGGAAAGCAAGAUUCUGCAGGUAAUAGACGAGCACACAGAUGUGUUGUAUAAUAUAGCUGCCGAGGCAGCUGGGGGCAUGGUGUCGGCCAGGGACUUUGUCAACUUACGAUGUUGGAAAGAGGUGAACGGCAUGAUGAUUUCAGUCUCCAAAGGGGUGACCCACCCAGACAUGCCAGAGCAGAAAAAAUACGUAAGAGGUGAAAAUGGUCCAGGGUGCUGGGUGUUCAAAGCAGUCCCUGGGGACCCAAAUAAAAGUGAAUUUGUCUGGAUAGUUAAUACAAAUCUCAAGGGUUGGUUACCUACCUACUUAAUAGACCAGGCCAUGUCAGGGGUCCUUAUGGAUUUCUUUAAGUACUUCAAUCAACGGAUUAACUAUCUGAACACGCUAGAAUCAUAGCAUAUAUAUAUUUUUAUUGGACUGCUUUCACAGUGCUGCAAGGACUAGCUCAUGAAAGUCAAGAAAAUCUUUGAAGAGUUGAUAUAUGUAUAUUUUAUCAAUAUUUCUGUUUCAAAUUUCUAUCUUCAAUCAUGGUCAUUUUUUAAGUAGUUGAACUGUAUAUUUAAAGUGAAAUUGUCAAAGGUGACAGAUGUUGCUCACUCAUAUUAUUUUCUUUUCUUUGCUAUGUUCACUGUGGUAUAACUACAUGAAAGCAGAGCCAACUAAUCCGCUGCUGGUCUCCCUGCCGUCGCACACCCCAUUAAACAGAUUUAAUCAAGGCUCUGAGGUUUAAUUGCUAGACCUCUGCAGGGACAGCGCGUGUGGAGGCAGGGAGAACAUCAGUGGAUUAGUCACCUCUGCUUUCAUGUAGGGAACGCCAUAUUUAAUCCGAAGAUCAUCUACUGUGAAUCCCCUCUAAAUUCAGAUCUUUUUGACACCACACACACUUAUGCCGGAUGUUCAGCCUCAGGCUUUUUUUAUUAAUUUGGUGUAAGUAAAAAAGCAAGACAGACAACUGAAAGCUGGCUUUAUCAUGGUUUUAUUUGGCCAUAACAGUUUGAUGAGGAAUUGAAUAAAACCACUGGUAAAAGGGAAUUCAUUUGUAGUAUCCACUGUUUUGUUAAUCUGCUGGUCGAGAGGGAUAUUGCAAUACUAUUGGACAAUUUUACAAUAGCCAACUAUAAGAGUUGCGGCAUAAUUAUAAUAUGCAGUGUCCUCUGUGAUACCUUGCCUGGUAGCUCUUUUUCUUAAUUAUUAAUUUUUUAAAUAUUUUUUCAAUUGAUUGCAAAGGAAACAGUUCAUUUUAUUUUUUAUAAUCACACUAUGCCAGUUGAGUGCCUUGAAUUGACUUUUUGAAAUUGCAACUUUAAAGUUUCUCUUGUUUCAAAUGUAAUUGAUUUUUAUCUUUCAUGAUGAAGAUAGCUUUUAUGAUGACUAAGUUCACGUUUUAAACAAAGACAAGUCAGUUUGCAAGAGGAAACUUUGCUUGUUGAUCACUAAUUUUCUAUAUUCAUACAGAGUGCAUUUUAAAGAUAUUUUAAUGAGGCAUCUGAAUAUGAAUUGUUUAUCAUUUAGAAUAGUGUGUUGUAAUGUAAUGUAUUUUUAAAUUAUUAAAAUCAUGUUUGUGAUGAUGUGCAUUUGGGAACAAAAAAGAGCAGUUUGUAAAAUAAGUGAUAUUAUGUGAUGAAAAUAACUUGGAAUGGUGUAAAAAAAAAAAACUUAUGGCAAAAAUGUGAUAAAAAUCUUUCUGACACCAAUUUGUUUAUAGAGUUUGGUAUAGCUUUCAUCAAGUGUUCAAUGAUCAAAUCAGUUUACAUAAGAAAUCCACAGUUUGAUAGACUUAUACUCAUUCAUAGUACGGUAUUCUCCAUUUUAUUCAAGAUUUGUAAUGAUCUAUAAUAUAAAGGAGUUUCAAAGAGAGCAUGUAGGCUUCAUUGUGCUCAAGACUUGUUAAUUCUACAUAUCUUUUCAUAUGUAGUAGUUUUCAUUUUCAACAGUUUUAUUGCUAUCAUGUCUCAAUAAAGAUUGAUCUGUAUGAAAGACA